UUGAUUGGUGGACAAAACCCUCAGACACUGGGAAACCGGAAGAGGAAGUGGUUGCGGCUGCCACGGCUGCCGCAAUGCAGAGGGAGGAGAAGCAGUUGGAGGCGUCAUUAGAUGCACUGCUGAGUCAAGUGGCUGAUCUGAAGAACUCACUGGGAAGUUUCAUUUACAAGCUGGAGAACGAGUAUGACAGGCUAACCUGGCCCUCUGUCCUGGACAGCUUUGCCUUGCUUUCUGGACAGUUGAACACCCUGAACAAGGUCUUGAAGCAUGAAAAGACACCGCUGUUCCGCAACCAGGUCAUCAUCCCUCUGGUGUUAUCCCCAGACCGGGAUGAAGAUCUCAUGAGGCAGACUGAAGGACGGGUGCCUGUCUUCAGCCAUGAGGUGGUCCCUGACCAUCUAAGAACCAAGCCUGACCCUGAGGUCGAAGAGCAGGAGAAACAACUUACGACAGAUGCUGCCCGCAUUGGUGCUGAUGCAGCACAGAAGCAGAUCCAGAGCUUGAAUAAAAUGUGCUCAAACCUUCUGGAGAAAAUUAGCAAAGAGGAGCGAGAAUCAGAGAGUGGAGGUCUCCGGCCAAACAAGCAGACGUUUAACCCUGCAGACACCAAUGCCCUAGUGGCAGCUGUUGCCUUUGGGAAGGGGCUGUCUAAUUGGAGACCUUCAGGCAGCAGUGGUCCUGGCCAGCCAGGUCAGCCAGGAGCUGGGGCCAUCCUUGCAGGAGCCUCGGGACUACAGCAGGUGCAGAUGGCAGGAGCUCCAGGCCAGCAGCAGCCAAUGCUCAGUGGGGUGCAAAUGGCUCAAGCAGGUCAACCAGGGAAAAUGCCAAGUGGAAUAAAAACCAACAUCAAGUCAGCUUCAAUGCAUCCCUACCAGCGGUGAGUGUGGCCUGCAGCCUCCACUCCCAGGUGCUCUUUGCGGAGUUGGGCAGUGAAAUUACCUUUUGCUCAAGGCUUACCUAAAUGGAUACAAUAAAAACAUGGGCUUUCAGCAAUAGACAGAUUGCAGCGCCACCGCUGACUGCUUGGACUUUGGGCAAGUGACCUAAUUUUUCUGAACCUGUGUUAUCAUUUGUAAAUGGUAAUCAUACCUACCUCAUAGGGUUGUUGUGAGGAUCAAAAUGAGAGGAUGAAUGUAAAACCACGAAAUAAUAGGUAUUCAAUAAAUAAGUUUCUACAGUCA